AUGGCUUUUGAAUUAUUAAAUUUAAAUAAUUGUUCAGAUGAAUCAGCAAACAAUUCAACCUAUAAUAAUAAUAAUGACGAUAAUGAUUUUUUUAGUCAAUUAAAGACUACAUCUCGUCAAACAUUAAAACUAAUUGAAUUGGAUGAAGUAAUAUAUUAUUUGGCUUUAGAUAGUAUUGAACUUGAUGAAGAUCCAAUCAAAUG